AUGGACGUCAAUAAGCAUGAGCACUUCAUGCGAGAAGCUUUGCACGAGGGUAAGAAAGCUUUGACUCGGGCGGAAGUGCCAGUCGGGUGCGUGUUCGUGUACAAUGGCGAGAUCAUUGCACGCGCGUCCAACCACGUCAACCAGCACUACAAUGCCACGAUGCACGCCGAGAUCGUUGCGAUUGAAUAUAUCGCUGUCGCGUACGGCAACAAAGCAAAUGACGUGUUGGCCGAGUGUACACUGUACGUUACGUGCGAACCAUGCAUCAUGUGCGCAGGGGCACUUGCACUCGUCUUCAUCAAGCGUGUGUACUUUGGCUGCCACAACGACCGCUUCGGAGGUUGCGGCUCCGUCCUGAACUUGCACGAGCGCAGUACACUCUCAAACAGCAGCGUGCAUCGCGGCUUUCCGUGUCUAUCGGGAAUUCUCAAAGACGAGGCUAUCACGCUGCUCAAGCAGUUCUAUACAAGUGAGAAUCCGCGAGUGGAAGACUCCAAGAAAAAAGGAAGAAACUUUCGCCAAGCAAGCGAGGAGACCGCUGCAAGUCUGCUAGCGAGCUCCAAGCCUACCCAAAAGGGUAAAUUUCUAUUGCAAUUAUAA